GACGAAAUCAGGAUUUAUUCACAGUCUCUGUUCAACCUUACCUACAAUGUCCAAAUCCAUCAUCCUCUCCAACUCCUCAGGAGGUCACAGCACCGCCAAGCCCACCGCCACCUUUACCGGGGACGUCUACCUCGAUAUGAUUCACUUUGACGACAGCGCCGCGAUUGCCAAUGUGACCUUUACUCCUUGUGCGCGAACUCAUUGGCACACCCACGAGCAUGGGCAGUUCAUCAAGGUCGUGGCCGGAUCGGGCUGGAUCUGCGACAAGGGCGAUGCCCCCCGUCGGAUCCAGACGGGAGAUCUGAUCUGGGCGCCGGCUGGCACUACCCAUUGGCAUGGUGCCGAAGAUGGCACUAUUAUGACACAUUUGGUGGGCUGGCUGCCACACACUUUGCGCAGGCCAUAUCUGAUGACUCUCUCGACUGUCCUGCUGUUGAUUGCCAUUGCGGUUGAAGUCCUCCGUCAAUAUUCAACUCGCCAAAAUGGCAUCUGGCGGGCUUGGGCAGACACCCCCACCAUUGUCGGCCUGGUCGCCGUAGUCCUCUGGGAACUGGCUGAUCCCAAAGGUGCCUCCGCCAGUGUUCUCUUUACCAAUUACAGCUUCGAUCCUGGGAUUGUUGCCGUAAUUCGCGCCGCUCGAAACCGACAUUGGAUCGUGCUAUGUGUUUCUCUGAUGUCUUUGGCAAUACACCUCCUGGUGGCCUCAUUGCUCUCGGAUAGCUGGCCCCACCUGGUUGGUCUGGAAACCCAGGACAAUUGGUUCGCACUGGAAGCUGCUCACAGGGAAUUUUGGCAGAGCUCUCGUGCCAAUGACCCUGGACUAGACAAUACCGUGGCGUAUGCCGUGGCCCCUGUAUCCAUGAAUCAGUCCGUGUAUUGGUCCGACACCACGUGCGUCAAUGCGACUGUGAUUGGAGCAGUACCGGGUACAGUGAAUGUUUCUACAGCCGGAGAUUCGAUGACUGAUCAUGGCAUGUCGACAGCCGCUCCCUGUGAGAUCAGUAUCGCAGUCAACACCUCUGCUCCACUCGGGGACGGGAAAUUUCAAGCACGCUACUGGGAACCCCUUCAGUCCGAAAUUGCCGCUGUGUCUAGAGCAGCCUUCAACGUCACCGGCUGUCCCUCCACCGGUCUGCUCGGCAUAAUCAUUGAUAUGGAGAACACAGCGGGGACAACAUUGGGCUCGAAUAUUACCUUGUUUGCGUGCCAGCCACUUUAUAGGCAGGCGAUCGCUAAUGUCUCUAUCACAGGCAGCUCAUAUCCCACUACUAUUCAACCAAUAUCUUCGAGCGUUAGGGACUUGACUGAGAAGGAUUUCAGUGUGCACGGGUUCCAGAGCCUGAUGUCCUCGGAGCAUACCCGCACAAGUGACUCAUGGAACAAAAGCAUCAGCGUUGCAAUAGGCCGUACAUGGAACAGCGGAUUCACAACCGCCAGCGAUAGACUCUUCGACCAACAGGCAGAGGCUGUGAGAAUCGAUGCUAUCCUCUCCACAUAUUCGGUGGCCAUUGCGGUGGUACCUCGCGCGGCUGCCCUUGUCGAAACCAUUAUGUUUUCAAGCUGUGCCCUAGUUCUUGCUUUGAGUUUCAUAUACCCACAUCGGCCUAACCUCCUUGAUCGGGAUCCCAGCUCCAUUGCCGCGCAAUGCAAUUGGAUAGCCUGCCUGAUUGAUCCCGACACGCUCUGUACCUUGUCCCAACCGACCUACCAUGGGCUCUGGUGUAGGUGGACCGCAGGGUCCGCCAGUCGACGCCUUGAAUUGUCUCUGAUGGAUGGGUCUCCUGCCAAGAUGGGUCCACCGCCAGCUGCCUCCAAACGCGGAGAUCCAAUGCCGCACUUCCUGACUCUUCCAUGGUUUGUGACGGAAUGCGUGCUUCUCAUCGGAGCUGUCACCGCAACGGGCUUGACAUAUUCAUGGAUUCGAGUCCGCAUCUUGGACACAAUGAACUCUGCCGAGUUCCUGUUCGCAACGGCUUUCCUAAUCUAUGGCUCGACCAUGCUUGCUUCAGUUGUACGCUCGCUGAUUAACUCCCUGCACCGCCAUCUGAGCGUCGCAGAACCCUGGAUCAGACUACGACAAGGGAUGAUGCCCCCAACGGCGUUGUCCGCGCCAGCGUACGGACCCCUGAAGACCCUCUUUGUGUUGAAGCGAUCAGGGCCACGACCCUCUCUCUCUUUGUUCGGCCUGUCAUUGGUCUGCGUGCUCAAUCUUAUUCUUGUCGUUGUUACUGGCGGUCUAUUUGAGCCGCAUUUCAACACCUAUCUCGCCUCCUCCAGUCUCACCACCUCAUACAUGGACUCAAGCUUUGUCGGUCAAACUCUGCUCCCGGACUUUGGCAGUUUCGACCGCAGUGUUUACACGCUGUCAUUGAAUCACUCGCGCCUGCCGUGGACCACGAAGGAUCUCUCAUUCCAGCCGUUUGUAAUGGAUAUGGAUGAGAGUGCCGUCGGCGUGGUUUUUAAUGCUAUAAUCCGCGGAAUUGGGACCUCUCUGUCAUGCGAUGAAGCGCCGUUGGACUAUGCGACUAUCGACAAUUACACUAGGACGGUGAACUGGACCUACUCCCUUUCGUCAGACACUACCACCCAAUGCAACGUCCAGCUCCCUCUUGUUUCUAACGACACCACGCGACCAGCGAUCCAGUAUGUGUGGGCCAACAACUCCGCCUGCCAGAGAGGCGGGUUCUUCGUCUCCGCUACCAGCCUACCCAACGACAACCAUACCACGACAGCGCUGCACUGCACCCCUCAGCUCCACACCCAAUUCUAUGAGAUCCAAGUCGAUCCCCGUGGCUACAUUCUACAACACAGCCCUGUUCCUGAUACGGUCCCGCUCACCACCGGGCCCUUCUACGCCAACCUCUCCACCGCCCUGGGCCUCUUCAACCAGAAUCUCGGCUCUUUUGUCCAUAACAUCUCCAUCCACCCGCCACUCCCGUAUUACCUCUCCUCCUUCCCUAACCACCAGACCACGCAGCUCUACCAGACCGCGCAACAAACAGACGCCACUAACACCACUCAAGCUCUCACCACAGCUAUCCAAACCCUCUACCAAUCCACCUUCGCAACCUAUCUCACCCUGAACCGCGACCUCAUCUUCCCCCGCGGCCAAGUAGUGGAAAUCCCGGGGGUGGCCACCUACACCUUCUGGGGCUUCAUGCCCUCGAGCACUACCAUCGUCAUCAUCAUCGUGAUCUUAUCGAUUGAUGUCAUCGCGCUGGUGGCCGUGUUCGCGUGCUACUUCGGGCGGUAUAAUGCGCCCCGGAUCCCAAAGGCGAUCGGCUCGUUGAUUCCCUGGGUAGGAGGUCCCGAGGGCGUGAAGCGGUUGGCGAGUAUGGCGAACAACGUGGGUGAGAAUCGACGAUAUCAUUUCUGGUCUCGGACGGAUGCGGAUGGGCAGGCGGUGAAAAUCGACUUCGUGCCCAUUAUAUUUCGUGUCAUUUACCUAGCCCUUCAGAGUCUCCGCGUGUUCUUUCGGGGCCCGCUUGUGAACCAGAUGAGGGUUGAUCUCCGAGAGCAGUGGGGCCCGCGUGUUCCCAGCUCGGCAAAGUCCCCUGUUACCGGACAGAUUACAGAGUAGAGAACCAGAAAUCCAGAGGCUCGAUGCAUGAAUCCCCUGGAUUCCGUUUGUAAGUCAGGGUCUUGAUAAGGGUAAUGUACAGUAUAGGAUGAAUUUCUCCAUUCGCACUCGGUAGGGUUGAGUUUAUCUCCGAAGAUGUGUCAAUACGUUUUCGUGUAGGUAUGGUGCAGCCUCAAGCCCCUGUGGUUGAGCUCACUUUUGCCAAGUAUAGUGUCCAUCUAUCUUCACCAUUUGACAUCUGGGUCAGAAUCAAUGCAUUGGGCGCCGGAGCCAUCAUGCCCGUGCUUCUGCCGGCAGUUCAGGCCGGGCUCGAGGAGAAAGACACGGCGACGUCGACAGC